UGCGCACGCUUUCCAUACGUAAAUAUUUCUAGUGACCGUGUUGUAGGGACGGAGAGAUGGCUUUGGAGAAAGCGAAGGAGGUCGUUUCUUCUGCUGAGGUUGUCGUCUUCAGCAAGACUUAUUGCCCUUUCUGCACAAGGGUGAAAGACCUGUUCUCCAAGUUGGGGGCUAAACACAAAGUAGUCGAGUUGGAUAAAGAAAGUGAUGGAUCAGAAAUACAAUCUGCUCUUGCCGCAUGGACCGGGCAACGUACAGUUCCUAAUGUGUUCAUCUCUGGAAAGCACAUUGGUGGCUGUGACAAUGUGAUGGAAAAGCACAAUGAGGGUAAGCUUGUGCCCCUACUGACCGAAUCUGGUGCUCUUGCUCUCUCAGCUUCAUCCUGAAGAGUCUGGUGAAUGAAUAAAUAAUCCGGCCGGGAAGAUUCAAAAACUGGCUGUAAUGAAUGUGGUUUGUCUUAAUUUUACUGAACGGCUUAUGAACCUAUGUGUGCUUGAUGCUAUUAUCUAAUAAAUUAAGUAGCUGAAACCUUGAAUCGACUGCAUAAUCUUGGGAAGAAGGUGAGAGGAAUGAUGGUCUAUGAUUAAAUAAAGUUGUUUCUUUAAAAUUAUAGAUUUGAACCACAUUUUGAUGUCGAUUACCAUUAUAAAAAAGAACUUUGGUGAGAAUAAAUGGCCAACUUUAAUUUCUA